GUUUGCGCCACCGCCAUUGUUGACGCACCGGCAUCCCUCAGCCGCCGCCGCCACCAUUCACCGCACGCGGUUCCGUCCACAGUCCAACGGCAAACGACCAAAACCAGAGAGAGAGACGAUGAUUGCCACCGACGCUCCGCCGACCGCGACUUCAAAUUGCGUCGUCGCCACCUAGCGACCACCGGACCUGAGACAGCCGCCGUUCGCCCCUGUUCGCGACACCAACCGUCGUCCGCCGAUCGAAGGAUCCGUCAUCACCGGUCACCGUCAGUCGUCGUUGCUGCCGUUUUCCUUUUCGCAGCGCCAACGUCCGCCGUCGAUCUAGCCGCGACGCCACCGGAUUCAUCUAGCCGCGACGCCACCGGAUUCCUCUCGGCGUCGUCGACAGGAGCCUGAAGCGACGUCGCCGGAGAUCCCAGCUCUGCCACCGCCGAAUCUCUCCGUUGCAACAGAUUGCGGUCGUCCAGCAGAGAGAGAUAGAUCGACGAGAGAGAGAUCGACGGAAAAGGGAGAGAGAACACUGGAAGACGAGUCGGCUGGUACACCGGCGCUCGCCACCCUCAACCCAACACUGCCGCCCCUCCGCCGUCCCAGCAGACUGCGGCAAAUAAGAAAAAGAGAGAGAGAGACUCAGCGGCGAGCGUAGCUUGGGAAGCCAGCCUCGCCACCGCCUUCUGCCUCCGUCGCCCACCAUCUACCACUAUCGCCACCGAAAAGAGACCGUAACCGGCGAACAAAUCCGGCAACUCUCCAGCGAAAGCAGAUUACAGCAGUCUCACAAUCGCCGUCACUCAUCGGUUUCAGCCUAUCACCGUGCGCCCAAAAUUCAGUGUGUUUAGCGGAAGAACCAGAGAUUAGUAAGUGGAUUUGGGGAAAUAACAGAGAGCAUAACAAAUUUGUCUUCUAUUUUCUCAAUCAAUGAAAAUCGCUUCAAUGUCUCUUCUCCGGCCACGUGUGGUGCCGCUUCUAUUUUCAACUUUCAGUGCCUCGGCCUCACGGAACACCUACUUAUCUUCCCCAUUCGCCAUUGUCUUGGCAGCUCGCCAUCACCACCAAGGCUCUAAGAAUGCUCCUAGGAAACUACAACAGCCGAAUAAGAACCUCCUCAAGGCUCGUGAGACUAUCAAGCAAUUCUCGCCUCUAGCUCCGGUUCUCUCCAGCGAAGAUAAAACAAAUCUCUCUCAGGACCAAGCAGUGGGAAUGGUUGCUGCUUCACAGGCUAAUUUCAUGCGUGUUAUAGUGCAAUCAUUGCCUUCGGAAGUUUGUAGUGGUUCUGGACUGGUAGAAGGUUUCACUGAUGCUCCGGGAGUUGGAGUGGAACUACUAUGUGUGGUGAAGGCGGUGUUGAAGAAGAUCAAGAGGAGAGUGUUGGUUGGGGAUAAGGUUUUAGUAGGUUCGAUUGAUUGGGUGGACAGACGGGGAAUGAUAGAAAAUGUGUUUGAGAGGAAGUGCGAGAUUUUGGACCCUCCUGUGGCGAACGUGGAUCAUUUGCUAGUGUUGUUUUCAAUGGAGCAACCGAAACUUGAGCCCUUUUCUCUCACUAGGUUCCUUAUUGAGGCUGAGUCAACUGGAAUUCCUUUUACUCUUGCAUUGAACAAGUGUGAACUUGUUCCUGAAGAGACAUUGGCUGCAUGGAAAUCUAGGCUUCGUAAAUGGGGUUAUGAACCUAUCUUUUGCAGUGUGGAAUCACAGCGUGGAAUUGAUACUUUGCUGUUCAUUAUGAGAGAACAGACCUCAGUAAUUGUUGGCCCUAGUGGUGUUGGAAAAUCCAGUCUCAUUAAUGCUAUGAGAUUCAAUAAGCGUGGUGCUGUUGGUGUUGGCGAAGGAGAUAACUGUUCAAACCUAAUUCUGGAUAGCAAAUGGUUUGAAGAACAACGUGUUGGUGAAGUGUCUACAAGAAGUGGAAGAGGGAAACAUACCACUAGGAAUGUUUCUUUACUUCCACUAUCUGAAGGAGGGUAUCUCGCAGAUACUCCAGGAUUCUGCCAUCCUAGUUUGAUGAAAGUGACAAAGCAAUCUCUCGCAGAACAUUUUCCCGAGAUCCAAAAAAUGCUUAAAGAAAAAGAACCAGCAAAGUGUUCUUUCAGCAACUGCUUACAUCUUGGUGAACCGGGGUGCCUUGUUGGAGGAGACUGGGAAAGAUACCCAUACUACCUUCAGUUGCUUGAUGAAAUCAAAAUCAGAGAGGAGUUUCAGCUUAGGGUAGUGGGGACUAAACGAGAAAGUGAUGUGAGGUAUAAAGUAGGAGACAAAGGCGUUAUACAAGCUGAACCGCGCUUAGAACCCAAGAAGCACAGGAGACAAUCUCGUAAGAGACUGAACCAAUCAGUCUUAGAUGAGUUGGAUGAACUUGAUGAUGAGGAUGAAGAGACACUGGAUGAUGACAACCCAAUAUUGAGAGCAAUGAAGCAAGAAAACUCAUAGGAUGAAACUCGAUUAUAUUGUUGGAAAUUCUGAGGACGACUGGCAAUCAACCAUUGUUAAUAUGGCUAGAGUGUAAAGAGAGGUAAAUGUAAAUGCUGCUUCGAGCUGAAUAGUUAUGGUGAGUUGAAGCUAUGAUGACCUUUUUGGUUGGUUACUUGGUUAUGGCUUCAGCUGGAUGUGUACAUAGCAUGGAUAUUAACCAAUAAAUGAGCUUUUUACUGUUAAUGCAUAAAACACACAUCUCACACAA